AUGAAUUCGGGAGAUACUUAUCGUUCUGUGCAAGGCCGCUACGCAGAAGUUGCGAGUUACACCAACGACGCUCGGAAACACGGAGGCUAUGAACGCAAAGUCGCAAGCGCGUUCGGGUAUGAUGUAGAAGAUUUGUGUUCUAUUCCAGAAAACGCGAAUUUAGGUGUCAGCUGCGGGAAUCCAUUAGCAACAGCAAACAUAGGAGUGGGCGAGGUUGUGAUAGAUUUGGGCAGUGGCGGAGGUAUCGACGUUUUGCUAGCGGCAAAGAAGGUUGGGGUGGAAGGGAAGGCCAUUGGUAUUGAUAUGACCAAGUGGGACAUGUUGGAAUUAGCACGUCGGAACGCAAGGGAUGCCGGUGUCCCCAAUGCAUCGUUUAUCGAAGCGUUCAUUACUUCUAUACCGUUACCAUCGUCCACGGCUGAUUGCAUUAUCAGUAACUGUGUGAUAAAUCUAGUGCCGGAAGUCGAGAAGCCUCGUGUCUUCCAGGAAAUUUUCCGUCUACUGAAGCCGGGGGGUAGGGUUGCAAUCAGCGACAUCCUAGCAAAACAAGAGCUUCCGAUGGAGAUCAAGAAGGACCUCUCCUUAUAUGUCGGCUGUAUAGCUGGUGCUAGCCAGGUUAGCGAUUAUGAAAGAUAUCUGCAAGAGGCAGGGUUCCAAGAUGCAACAAUUCUGGACACUCAUGCCGAUCUCAACCUUUACAAGGAAAUAUGGACGAGGAAAGAAGCCAAUGAGCCGGGCCCAACCGGCUCAUGCUGUGAUUCGAUGAACAACACUACAAGUGGUGAGAUAAACCAAUUACCGGACGUGGACUUUAACUUCUGGACUGGUACGUUCAUCUACAAAGACAUCUAG